AUGAGGAUCUCCGCCGGUGUCCCCGCCGGCUCCGCUCCCCCGGACACUUCCGCCGGUGUCCCCGCCGGCCCCGGCAUUAAUGGAGUGAUCCAAUACCCGAAAGGGUUUCUGAAGGAGGCUGCUGAGAUUAUCCGAGAACGAGGAGGAUUAUACAUUUCUGAUGAGGUUCAAACCGGAUUUGGCCGUUUGGGAAGCCAUUACUGGGGGUUCCAGACGCACGGAGUGAAACCAGAUAUCGUCACCAUGGCAAAGGGAAUCGGCAAUGGCUUCCCCAUGGGCGCCGUGGUUACCACACCCGAGAUCGCUGCUUCAAUGUCAGAGGCAAAGGCCUUCAACACAUUCGGAGGGAACCCCCUCAGUUGUGUGAUAGGAUCCACCGUGCUCCAGGUGAUUGAGGAAGAGAAUCUGAUGGUAAAGUGUGAGACCCUGGGAAGACGUUUGCUGCUGGCGCUGGCGGAACUGCGCGAUGAGUUUGAGAUCGUUGGAGAUGUCCGUGGGAAGGGGUUGAUGAUCGGAGUGGAGAUGGUGGACAAUAGGGAGAGUCAGAAACCUCUUCCUGCCCAAGAAAUUAAUCAGAUAUGGGAGGACUGCAGGGACAUGGGCCUGCUCAUCGGAAAAGGAGGCAUGUACGAACAGAGUUUCAGGAUUAAGCCUCCGAUGUGUAUCUCUGAGGAGGACGUUGAUUUUGCUGUGUCUGUAUUCCGAGUUGCUCUACAGAAACAAACCAGACGAAGAUUGCAGAAACUGUAGCUGAGAUUAACACAGCCUUGCACAGAUGCACAAAAAUGACCCAGAAAUAGCUUCAAUAAUGUCAACUGCUUCAACUGCUUUCCCAAUGUCUGUCAAACAUAUCCAUCAAAUCUCAUGCUGCUUCAACCAGCUAUUCCUGGAACAACAUCAUGGUCUGUGCCUGUCUCCUCACUCUGACAUAGAACAGUACAGCACAGGAACAGGCCCUUUGGCCCAUCAUGUCUGUACCAACUAUGAUCCUUUGACAACCUUCCUCACUAUUGAUAACUCCACCAAUU